AGUGCCUCAUGUUUUAUUUUCUUGUAGUAGUUCCAGUAGUGUUCAAAUGCGCAGGUAACUCGACCAGCAUGUGGCAAGUGUGUUUCCUGGCGGUGAUGUGCGCCUCGACCGGCCUGGCACGAGCGCGCGACCUGCGCAAUGUCACGGAGCCUCGCGUGCCCGAGGCCUGUGCCUCGCUGCAGGCCAGCGGCGGCGUCGACACGGCCGCCAUCCAGAAGGCGCUCGACUCUUGCGCCAGAGGCAGGGUCGUCGCGCUGUCCGCCGGCACCUUCCGCUCCGGCCCUCUUCGGGUGCCGUCGGGCGUCGGCCUGCUCGUGGACUCCGGGGCCACGCUGAAGGCCAUCCCCGACCCGCGACUGUACGACCGGGGCACCGGCAUGUGCGGCAAGGUGGUCGACGAGGGCAGUCGCGGCGCCUGCAACCCCUUCAUCCUGAUGCACCUCGCCACCGGCAGCGGGCUCUACGGCAGGGGCAUCAUCGACGGCCAAGGAGGCGAGAAGCUGGUGGGCACCAACACCACCUGGUGGGACCUGUCCAGACAAGCGCAGGUCGAGGGCCGCUACCAGAACAACCCCCGGCUGGUGCAGGUGAACGACUGCGCGGACAUCACCGUGCACCAGGUGACGCUGCGCGACUCGCCGUACUUCCACCUGACGGCGAGCAACACGAGCGGCCUCACGGUGUGGGGCGUGACGGUGCGCGCCCCCGCCGGCGCGCGCAACACCGACGCCAUCGACCCCAACGGCUCGCAGAACGUGACGAUCGCGCGCUGCGACGUGAGCGUGGGCGACGACGGCGUGGCCAUCUCGGCGCUGCGCUCACCCGCGAGGCACGUGUCCGUGCUGGACUGCCACUUCGGCGCCGGCAACGGCCUGUCCAUCGGCAGCGGGACCCUGCACGGCGUGAGCGACGUGCUGGUUUCGGGCGUCACGCUCAACAACACGCUCAACGGCGUCCACAUCAAGGCCAGCUCGCUGAACGGCGGGGUUGUGGCGCGCGUGUCCUACCGCGACCUGUGCGUGCUGAACGUGGGCAAGCCCGUGGACCUGGACAUGCGCUACAUGAACCACAGCGGCGACCACGAGCCACACUUCCGCGACAUCUCCUUGCGGCGCGUGCGCGUGCUCACGCCCGGCCGGCUCAAGCUGCACGGCUUCAGCGCCGCCAACCAGCUGCGGGUCUCCCUGAGCGACGUGCACCUCGCCCGCGGCUCGCAGUGGAGCGUCAGCUACGCCCGCAUCAGCGGCAGCUGGGCGGACGACGCGAGCGGCCGCUGCGGCUACGCCGGGAACGAGUAGUGCGCGCUUGCCAGUGGCCAGAUGAAUUCUUUCAAGUUAGGGGCAGUGCUUAUUUAAAUAAAGUAUUUCGUGUCGGAUUAUAACCACAGUACAAAAGUAACCAAUGAUCACUGCAUAUUAAUGUAACUUAUCAGGCAGUAUGUGAAAAACAAAUUAAAGUGUUAUGACAAGAUUUUCAUGAGCGGGCUUCACACAGUAUAAUUAAAUGUUGUUUAAAUAAUGCAAUUAUGAAAAUUAAUUUAUUAUUUGGGAACUUAUGUUAAAUUUAUACAACUAUUGCGUUAUAUUUGUUUAUGGUUGCAUGUAUUUCAUAUUUAAAACAAAAAAUAACUUAGUUUUACUUUCAACUUUUGUGACAAAGGUAUAUCAAAUUAUUUACCCUGAAAACAACUAUUCCAUAAAUCUAAAUAAAUAAUAAAACUGCUAGAGGUAAAAAGUAUAUACUUUGAAUGAAAUGAUAAAAAAUAUUGGAAAAGGCUACUUUACAUUACUGAGGAUUCAAAAAUAUAGAUUUAAAAUUUUUGCCUGUUUGCCUGUUUGUCUGUUUGUUCGAGCAUAAUCGAAAACUAUUACACGCCCAAGCCAACUGUGGUCCCGAGGAGGGGAGUGACGGGAGCGCUAGUGUCGCAGUGAGAGAGGGGUGGGGAAUGAGGAGGGGCUGGCAGUAGGGGAAUACCGUUAGCUGUGGAAGCAAGGAGAAUACACAAGCGUUCAUAAGUGUACGCAACAUGUAAGCAUGAUUACCUGGAUGGAACGAUGGCCAUGAAGCGCAGUCGUGCAGUAAGAAAUGUUGUGAUAAGGUGAAGGUACAGUCGUAUGAAACAGCGAAACACAGUGUCUACGAAGAUGUCACAGUGUGUACCAAAGUGUAUCACAGCAUCACAUCGUACCGUUUGUGUUAUAGUCAUUAUUUCACUUAGCACCAUAUUUAACAUACAUGUCGGUAUACAUUUGCCUAUUAUCAAAGAAAAUAUUGUUUGUGUGAUUAAUUAAUGAAAAAAAUGCAAGAAACAUUUCAACACAGUUUCGUGCAUAGUGCACGUAACAAACGCCCACUCAGCCAUUUAGUUCUUCAAUUCCUGAUAUGUUACUAUUGGAAUAUGUGCUGCUAUUGUCCGAAAAGUCCCAUUCACUGUCUGAGCUGGACUCGCCAAAGUUAACAACAAUUUUCUCAAUUUCGUGUUCCAUUAGACAGUCACCUGUCCAGUACUCUGCUUUUGUAUGUUUUACAUGUAAAAUAGCAUUUUGCCAUUCUUCUUUGGUGACGCUAUUGAUUGCUUCUGUUGUGAUGUUUUCAAUGGUACGUGAUGAUUGAGCGACAUUUUUUUCAGCAACACAUGAUUUCACAAUGUUCCAUACAUAAUAGCAUUAAGCUCACAGUGGUAUGGUGGUAAUCUUAUUACUUCAUGCCCAUGUUCUUCUAACAUCUCAUCGAUGCAAAACCUGGGAGUUGGACGUCGACCACGAACGAGCUGGAGGAGUUCACAUUUUGUGAUAUCAUUGUCAUGCGGAAUGUUGUUGUUUUGUAACCAUUGGAUUAUAUCUUGUUUUCUUGUA